CCCGGUACCCGGAGCAGUCGCCGCCGCCUCAGCCCUGCGGCCGGACCCCCGCCCUCACCCUGUACUCCCUGCCCGGGGAACCCAGCCCAGGUGUCCAGAGGUUCCUGGAAGAGACAGAAGAAGCCUUGGCUGUGUUAUCCUGGCUCCCCCUUCCCUACCCUUCCCCUGGUUCCCAUCCCCGUCCCUGCUCACUGUGUGGAACUGGGUAUAAAUCAGACAUCCUCUUCUUCCUUCCCACUCCUAGACACUCACUGGCCAGGUCCUAUUUCCUUUUACUUUGAGCCCAAAGACCCUGGAACAUAAUUUCACCCUGAGCAAAAAGCUGAAAGGAACAGAGAGUGAAGCAGCAGAUCUGGGGAAGUGUUCCACGCCCCAUCAUGGAAGAGGGCUUCCGAGACCGGGCUGCUUUCAUCCGUGGGGCCAAAGACAUUGCCAAGGAAGUCAAAAAACAUGCGACCAAGAAGGUGGCGAAAGGCCUGGACAGAGUCCAGGAUGAGUACUCCCGGAGAUCCUACUCCCGCUUUGAGGAGGAGGAUGAUGAGGAUGACUACCCUGCCCCUGCGGACGGCUAUUACCGUGGGGAGGGGGCUCAGGACGAAGAGGAAGGGGGUGCGUCCAGCGAUGCCACCGAGGGCCACGACGAGGAUGAUGAGAUCUAUGAGGGCGAAUAUCAGGGUAUCCCCCGGGCAGAGUCUGGGGGCAAAGGCGAGCGGAUGGCAGAUGGGGCAGCCCUGGCUGGCAUGAGAGGGGGCUUGAGCGAUGGGGAAGGCCCUCCUGGGGGCCGGGGGGAGGCCCAGCGGCGGAAAGAACGUGAAGAACUGGCCCAGCAGUAUGAAACUAUCUUACGGGAGUGCGGCCAUGGCCGCUUUCAGUGGACACUCUACUUUGUGCUUGGCCUGGCACUAAUGGCUGAUGGUGUUGAGGUCUUCGUGGUGGGCUUCGUGCUGCCCAGUGCUGAGAAGGACAUGUGCUUGUCCGACUCCAACAAGGGCAUGCUGGGCCUCAUUGUCUACCUGGGCAUGAUGGUGGGAGCCUUCCUCUGGGGGGGUCUGGCUGAUCGGCUGGGUCGAAGACAAUGUCUGCUCAUCUCGCUCUCAGUCAACAGCGUCUUCGCCUUCUUCUCGUCCUUCGUCCAGGGUUAUGGCACUUUCCUCUUCUGUCGCCUCCUUUCUGGGGUUGGGAUUGGGGGGUCCAUCCCCAUCGUCUUCUCCUAUUUCUCGGAGUUUCUGGCUCAGGAGAAGCGUGGGGAGCACUUGAGCUGGCUCUGCAUGUUCUGGAUGAUCGGUGGAGUGUACGCAGCUGCUAUGGCCUGGGCCAUCAUUCCCCACUAUGGCUGGAGUUUUCAGAUGGGCUCUGCUUACCAGUUCCAUAGCUGGAGGGUCUUUGUCCUCGUUUGCGCCUUUCCCUCUGUGUUUGCCAUUGGGGCUCUGACGACGCAGCCUGAGAGUCCCCGCUUCUUCCUGGAGAACGGGAAGCAUGACGAAGCCUGGAUGGUGCUGAAGCAGGUGCAUGACACCAACAUGCGAGCCAAGGGACAUCCAGAACGAGUAUUCUCAGUGACUCACAUUAAGACAAUUCAUCAGGAGGACGAACUGAUCGAGAUCCAGUCAGACACAGGGACCUGGUACCAGCGCUGGGGGGUCCGGGCUUUGAGCCUGGGGGGACAGGUCUGGGGGAACUUUCUCUCCUGCUUCGGUCCAGAAUAUCGACGCAUCACUCUCAUGAUGAUGGGCGUAUGGUUCACCAUGUCCUUCAGCUACUACGGCCUGACCGUCUGGUUUCCCGACAUGAUCCGCCAUCUGCAGGCUGUGGACUAUGCCGCCCGCACCAAAGUGUUUCCUGGGGAGCGCGUAGAGCACGUGACUUUCAACUUCACACUGGAAAAUCAGAUCCACCGAGGCGGGCAGUACUUCAAUGACAAGUUCAUUGGGUUGCGUCUGAAGUCGGUGUCCUUUGAAGACUCCCUCUUUGAGGAGUGCUACUUCGAGGACGUCACAUCCAGCAACACAUUCUUCCGCAACUGCACGUUCGUCAACACUGUGUUCUAUAACACUGACCUGUUUGAGUACAAGUUUGUGAACAGCCGUCUGGUGAACAGCACGUUCUUGCACAACAAGGAGGGCUGCCAGCUUGAUGUGACGGGCACGGGAGAGGGCGCUUACAUGGUGUACUUCGUCAGCUUCCUGGGGACACUGGCUGUGCUUCCGGGGAAUAUUGUGUCUGCACUGCUCAUGGACAAGAUUGGCAGGCUCAGGAUGCUUGCUGGCUCCAGCGUGAUGUCCUGUGUCUCCUGCUUCUUCCUAUCUUUUGGGAACAGCGAGUCGGCCAUGAUUGCACUGCUCUGCCUUUUUGGUGGGGUCAGCAUCGCCUCCUGGAACGCGCUGGAUGUGCUGACUGUUGAACUCUACCCUUCAGACAAGAGGACCACUGCCUUUGGCUUCCUGAAUGCCCUGUGCAAGCUGGCUGCUGUGCUGGGGAUCAGCAUCUUCACAUCCUUUGUGGGGAUCACCAAGGCCGCCCCCAUUCUCUUUGCCUCAGCUGCCCUUGCCCUUGGCAGUUCUCUGGCCCUGAAGCUGCCUGAGACCCGGGGGCAGGUGCUGCAGUGAGGGGCUCUCCGGGGGUUUUGGGGAUGGCAGGCUCACUGUGAGACCAACGCUCCUUCUCUCCCCUCCCUGCCCUGCCACCCCGGCCCCUAGAGCCCUCACUCCCUACUCCUUUGGUGUCUUAGCCGUGUGUGCGUGUGUGUGUGCAUGUGUGACCCCAUGGGCAGGGCCUAUAGGGAAGGCUCUUCCAUCACAGUUUUGAGGUGAAGCACUACUCUCCACCUCCUACUGCCCCUGACUUCGCACAAGAGAACGCCGAGCCCACCCUGUUCCCUCCCAGUGUUAGUGAGGGGGCCCUGUUUGCCUGCUUCAGAGGUUCCAGAAUAGGCUUAUUGUCUUCCCCUCCUUCCCUCUGCUUAGGCCCUGGUGAAACCAUGGGUUGCAGUUCUGUUGGGGGCUGGGACCUGGGUAUACUCAUGGACCAAAAGAACUUACAGGUGGCAGGGCUCCAUGCCCUCUCACACCUCCCAUUGGAUGCUGGGGAAGCAGCAAUAAACCUCAGCCCUCUGGUCUCCUUUCCCCUCAAUUUGGGCUACAACUAUGAAGCCUGAAUUUUAUAACGUUAGAUUUCUGAUUAUUUAUUAUUUAUUUAAGUUCUGAGGCAGCUUAGCAGGACUGUGUGAAUGUGUCCAUUUAUGUAUAUGUGUGUGCGUGUGUGCGCCACGAGGUGGUGGUUUUACUAUACUCUCCUCAAAUAUAAGCCAAGGGAAUUUCAGUGGACACACACAACCCUGCCUCCCAUAGUACCUCACUGUAACCGUUGGGCCUGGGAGAGAGGAGCCCUAGGUCAGGCUGGAAUAAGAAGCCUGUGUUGUAGGGGGCCUGAGGGGCACCUAGCAAGGCCUAUCUGUCCUUCCUGUGAAGCCAAGGCCUCCUCUAGAGAAAGAGGCUCCACCCACUAGAGCAGGCUGGAAGCACACACUUGCUUCCAGAGGCCCCAAAGUCUGUCACAGGCUGGGGAGCAGGAGAGGGAGGGAACCCAGGGUCACAGACCAGCAAAUCAAAAGCACAAGGAGCUGGGGUGAGGCAGGAAGCAGGGGCCCUCCUGGCAACUCCUCUAAAAGUGGGGAGAGGUUGGGCAGUGAGAGACCCCUAAUGCAGGGACCAGAAACCUCAGUUUCCCCCCCUCACCCUUCCACACAACAGCCCCUGUAGGUGAAGCUGCCCCUGUCCCAUCCCACUCUGUGUGGCUGCUUUUGUUGGUACCCUUCUCCCACCCCCACUGUAGCUGUGAUGUGUUGUAGUUUUUAGCUGUUUGUAAAAUGUUUUAAAAAGUUAAAAGGAACAAAGUGAAAAUAACAA